UUGGUGGGCAUUACCGCUCUCCGGCAGAAGGGGGCACCUCUCGGGCCGGGACAGCCUUCGACAGGGCCGGGGCGGGACGUCCGGGCGGAGCCCGCCCUCGGGCAGGGGCUCCGGGGUGCUGGGCGCCCCCUCCUGGCGGCUGCGCGGCGCUCACCUCGGCGGUCCCGCGGGUGCUGGGGUCCCGCGCCGGCUCGGCCCGAGGCGCCGGGGACCCGGAGGUGGUGCGGGGGAGGGAAGUCGGGAGAACGAGGCGGUGUGAGGGUGCCGAGCGGCGGGCAGGCCACCCCCCCCCCACCUCCCGAGGCCUCCCCAGCGCGCUCCUCACCUGGGGCCUGCGGGGCUCCUUCCCCGCGGGCACGGCUCCGGCGCGCCCCUCGGCGGCCCGGCUCCUACCCCAAGCCGAGCCGGCGGAGGAGCCCGCCCUCCUCGCUGAGCAGUCGCGGUCUCCGCCGCCGCAGCAGCUGGGAGGGAGGGAGCGACCGGUGGCUGCUGCCGGGCGGCGUCUGGGGGCCGCGAGCCGAGCGCGAGGAGCCGCCAUCUGGAGCCUCGGCUGCGGGCGGGGGUGCGGGUGCCAGGGAAGGGGCCGGGCGACUGGGCCCGGGGCGCGCGAGAGGCCGGGGUCCGAGCGGCGUGGGAGCGGAGGCCUGGGGGUGUGAUGGGAAAUGUGCGGGAGGGGGUCUGGCCCCUGGGGAGGGGGAGCAGAGGCCUGCCCCCUUUCGGGCCCCCCCCCCCCGAACCCCGGGGCAGUCCCGACCCGGAGGUCUAGCGAAAGAUCGAGGCACCCGCGUGGCAGUCCCUCCCCCUCGCGGGGUGGAGAGCUGA